CUUAAGCCCUCUCUUAGCGCGCAAAGCGCUCUCUGCCGACCGAAAUGCCACAGACUUUUUGUAGGCUUUUCCACUUUUUCGAUUUCGAGACUUCGAGCGAAACGGUCGUGUUUUUCGCGUGUGUGCGGGUGGCGGACGCGCGUGCCAAUCGGAAAAGGCCUUUAAAUCAAAUGAGUGGCUCGCCAAAGGAGCGCAUCAAGUUGUUGCUUUUGCCCAGCGCCUCUUUCAUUCAUAGAAAACGGUCAGCAAAGCAAAGCAAAGCAAAGCGAGGCGACAGCAACAACAAACGGCAGGUAGAGCAGAAAUAUCAGCGCGAUUUCUUUUCGUUUCGCCCAAAAGAGCAGCCAAAAAAUCAACAAAAUACGAAACACAAAGCCAAAUCAAAAGAAAUCAAAUUUCAAAUUCGUGCGGCCACCAGCAAAUAUCGAAAUAAAGAAAUUAUCUAAAUCAUCAUCAUCAUCAGCAGCAGCAGCACAAAAAUCGAAAAUCGCCUCGCUGUGUGUGUGUGAUUAACUAGCAAAAUAAAUUAGCUACAACAUGCGUUUUGAGCCUCUGGGCCAGAAAAUGUUCACCCGCCGCAAUUGGUUGCUGCGCUGCAGCAUCCUAAUCAAUGUGGCGGUGAUCCUGUACAUCGGCAGUCAGUUGAUGAUCGGCGGCGGCAACAACUUCUCGAAUGGCGGCGGCUUCCUGCUGCAGGAGCAGCAACAGGUGUCGAUGAUGCAAGUGGGCUCUGCCUCAUCAGCGGCGCAGGUGCAGCAGCAACAGCAGCCCACUCCCAAGAACCAAAACCAGGUGGUCGAGAUCUUCGAGUCCGAGGAGAAGCAGCUGGUCAAUGCCAACGCAGAUCCUCCAGCAGCAGCGGCUCAGGUGGCUGAUGGCGCUGCUGGAGCCCCGCAGUUGGCGAACGAUAGUGGUGCCGGAGCGCCUGCUCUGGGCGAUCCCUCCCAGGUGAUAGGAAAUAUUGGAGCCGGCGGUGUCGCCGAGGUGAACAACAGCCAGUCGGACGGUGGCUACAUAGUCACAGGCGAUGAAAAGGAGCUGGAGGAGCGUGUGCGAUCGCUGAUCAACUGCUUCGACCACGACUACCACCAACAGACCCUGCAGCGCGGCGACUUCUGGGUGCUGCAGAACUACGUGCGGGCGGAGCAUGGCGACAUCAAGUGCCACGAGUCGAUCACCUACACCACGCACGCGGACUACACGUUCCUGGACAACCUGGUGCCGCUGCUGGAGCGCUGGAACGCCCCGGUGAGCAUUGCCAUGCACGCGCCCGGAACGGAUUUCCAGCCCACGCUAGACUCGAUCCGGUAUCUGCGGGAGUGUCUGCCUGGCAGCCACCUUGUUCGUGCCUAUACCACCUUCCACAUCUACUUCGGCACUAAGCACAUUCCCAAGUCUGUGCCCAAGCCCCACGAGGUCUUCAAAACGGGAUACAACUGCACUCUCCCACCUCCGUACUUCAACGUCAGCUCUGGUCACCUGUACAAGGCGCAGAAGAAGCUGCUGUAUCCGGUGAACGUUGGUCGUAACAUUGCCCGCGAUUCGGCACUCACCCACUUUAUUUUGGCUUCGGACAUCGAGCUGUAUCCGAAUCCGGGUCUGGUCAAGAAGUUCCUCGAGAUGAUUGCUCGCAACGAGCAGUACUUGAGACGCAAAGCACCCAGAGUAUUUCCAUUGGCCAUCUUCGAGGUGGAGGAGAACUCCCCAGUGCCACACGACAAGACAGAGCUACAGGAGUUCCUUCGCACGGGCAAAGCCAUACCAUUCCACAAACGGGUGUGCGCCAGUUGCCACGGGGUGCCCAAGUCCAAGGAGUGGAUGUCCGCCAACGAGACGGAUGAACUAAGUGUGUUUCACAUAGGAAAACGAACGGGUUACUAUGUGCACUGGGAGCCCAUUUAUAUUGGAACUCAUGCCGAUCCCCAUUACGAUGAACGGCUCAGCUGGGAGGGUAAAAGCGACAAGAUGCCUCAGGGCUACGCGCUUUGCGUAAUGGACUACGAGUUCCACAUACUGGACAACGCAUUCCUGGUGCACAAGCCGGGCAUCAAGGUGCUGAAAAAGGACAACCGACGGGCCAUGUUAUCCGGCAAAACGAACCAGCUGAUACGGAAGAUCAUCUAUCCGGAACUCAAAAUAAUGUAUGGCAUGCGCAAGGGAUGUGCGAUAUAGUAACUAAUCCUGAAGCCAAGCUGAGGUCAGUCCCGAUUGAACGGGAAGGAGGAAAAGGCGAAAAGACUACAACCAACUUCACUAUUACUAUUUGCAAUGCUAUAGAUCGGUUGUGUUGACUACCGGUUCCCAUUCCCUCUAUAGCAUUGGAUGCGCACUUCAAGUGCGUGUUUUACAAUUAGCUAGAGACUUAGCCCUAGAACUAUAGAGCAUUAUGUAGUUAGGCUUAGCUAUAGGUCGGGACGUGUAACGCCAUGGGGGCCUAUUGGGUUUUACCGCGUUCUGGGUUAUCUUUUUCUACUCUGCAAAGCCUUGAGAGCAUGGCUUACAUAGACUUAACGUAGUUAAAUGUGGCUUUUAGGUAUCAUGGUGUAUUCCAUUUAGCUGGCCAUUCGUAAGUUGGAAAUAGCCGCCAAGUAAGCAGACGGCCCUUUUGAUAGAGCGUGCUUAAGAAUACACGCCCACAAUUGAUUCACUUCCAAGAAAUUUCUGUAAAUAAUAACACACUUGGAACUUUCAUUUCUCCUGUUCUCUGGACAUAAGCGGUCAGAGACCUGGGUUAUGGGGUGUCCACCACUCAUAGGCAGUCAUUAUCAGUUACUUUUAGUCUAGGCCAUAAACUUAAGUCUAACGUUAUUUAGUUGAAUUUUCCAUAUACAUUCAUUAACGAGUUAAAGAUAGUUUUAUUGGAUUGAUUUUCUUUUCCAAAUACUCAAAAAGAGAAAUUGAGAGCAACAUUAUAUUCGUAUACCGGGGCGAGAUUCCUAGACAUCAGCAAAACAAACAGUCUUACCACUUUUUUGUGUUUCUAUAUUUCUGCAGUAAAGGCAUAGAUUAAACAAUGUUUUUUGGGCAAUGUAGACUUACUGCAAAGACCAAAACGUAGAUUAGACCGAUACCGGGCCAAAACAAUUCCAACGUUAAAUAUUUGACUUGAUUAGCAGAGUAGGAAUCAUUGAAUUGAAACGUAUUAAAUAGACUUUGAGAGUUAAAGCGUAAUAGUAAUAAUGAUAAAGACAAGUUUCAAAA